UCAUCCCUGUUGAGUGUUCAACAGAUUGUGCUCUUAAUCUUUUUAUGGACCCCACUUCUUCUCCAAUCGUAGAGGAGAUUCUCACGAAUCUUAUUUUUUUAUUCUCUUUCUUCAAAUAUUUCAUCUUUCUUUCUUCUUCACAACUUUCCUUUAUAUUUUCCCAGAUUUAAUACUACUUGUAUUCUUUGUACAUAUUUAUGUAGCAAAAAACCCAUUAAAGAAUCAAGUAAAGAACUUUACUUUUUUUCAUUUUUCAACUUUUUCUGAUUGGUGUAAAUUAGAGAGUGACACCCAAAAAUUAUAAAAAAUAACCCAGAAAAAUGAGAGCUUUGAAUUUUGGGUUUGAGCUUGUUGAUCUUCAUAAUUCAUGGCCAUCAUUAAAUCAAACCCAGAUAUCAAAUUUUUCUUACUUGAAUAAUAAUGCUCAUUUUCUCUCUCCUGUCUCUGCGGCAUUUCGUCGAACAUGUGGUGUGCGUAAAUGUGUUGCACCCUGUAGAUCGGCAAAUAAGUCGCCGGAGAUCCGGCGACCGGUAGAAAGGUUGUUUUCUGGUAAUGGGUUGUCAUCAAAUUCGGUUAUUUUUACUCAAACAAGUCUUAUUUCAGCAAAUGAGAGGAUGGGAGAAUCAGCUUCAGAGUUGGAAUUGUUUCUUGAAUUGGUACCUUUUAGGAUGAGAGAUUGUUUGGCUUGUCAUGAUGAAAUUGAGGAUUUGAUUGAAGUUGUUCUUGAUUUUGGUCGGAAACCGCUUGCUCGGUUUCCGACUGGUGAUUGGGUGAUCUCUCAGGAGCCUGUUAAGCGUGAGGAUUUGCAGCAUGCCAUUUCUAAGGUGGGUGAUUUUUCAGAUGACAAUCGAUCAGGUAUCGAUCGUUCACUGCAUCGUAUAAGUGCCAUUCGGAAUCGUAAGAUGCAAAUAAUUGGGCUUACUUGUCGGGUGGGUAGAGCGGUUUCUGGAAGUGCUGAGAUCAUCCGUGAUUUGAUUGAGGGGGGAGGAUCAAUUUUGGUUAUAGGACCUCCUGGAGUUGGCAAAACCACCUUGAUCAGAGAGAUCGCAAGAAUGCUGGCAGAUGAGCACAACAAACGGGUGGUAAUUGUCGACACAUCGAAUGAGAUUGGAGGUGAUGGUGAUGUCCCACAUUCGGGUAUAGGUCGUGCAAGGAGGAUGCAAGUGCCCAAUGUCAAUAUGCAGCAUAAUGUGAUGAUUGAAGCUGUCGAAAAUCACAUGCCUGAGACAAUUAUAAUUGACGAAAUUGGAACAGAGCUUGAAGCUUUGGCUGCCAGCACCAUUGCUCAAAGGGGAGUUCAACUUGUUGGAACGGCACAUGGUAUGACCAUAGAUAACAUAAUGAAAAAUCCUUCUCUUCAGCUGCUCGUUGGUGGCAUAGAGAGCGUCACCUUGGGCGAUGAAGAAGCAAGGCGAAGAAAAGUGCAGAAGACAGUUCUUGAGAGAAAAGGUCCUCCCACAUUUACAUGUGCUGUUGAAAUGAUAUCUAGAACUGAAUGUCGUGUCCAUCACCGAUUAGAUGCUACUGUGGAUGCAAUACUUUCAGGAAAAUCUCCUUUGUUUGAAAUCCGUCACAUGGAUCCUGAGGUGAAAAGCUCAGAUGAUUUGGCCAAGAUCUCAGAGAAGCAGCAGCAGAAAGACACUGAUUUCGUUAAGCUUGCUAAUGAAAGUACUACUGAAACAGAGUCAGAGGAUGAAGACAUGGCUGUAGCACAUCAUGCCAAGAGGAGAAGCAUGAAAGCUCCAAGGAGGAGCAGUGCUCCAAUGUGUGUGUACACUUACAAGAUAUUGGAAGCUGAUUUACUGCAAGUAGCAGAGGUAAUGGGACUUGAGGAUGUAAUAGAUGCUACAGAUGAUAUUGGAACAGCAGAUGCAAUCUUAGCCUCGAGUUCAGAGAUGAAGCUGAACCCAUGGAUCCGUGGUGUCGCCAAAUUUCACCAAGUUCCCAUAUUUGUUAUCAAGUCAAAUACCAUGGCACAAAUGGUGAAGGCAAUUCGCAUGAUUCUUGGGGUGGAAUCUUUUGGCCCAAUGUCAAAGCUUCCUUCAAAAGAUGUGCUUGACAUUGAGAUUGAAGACGACGCACCUGAAAGGAAACCCACGUUGGAAGAGCUUGAUGCUUUAGAGGAAGUUCGACUUGCAAUCGAGUACAUUGUAAUUCCGGGCGGGGAGGCAGUAGAACUUCUUCCUCGACGUUCAGAUAUAGUUGCCCGACAACUUAAGCUUGUGGAAAGUUAUCAGCUGGCUGCAGAAAACUCAGGUACCGAACUGAACCCCAGGUUACAGAUUCUUCCGUCUAAAUUAAAGAAGACGACAUCAUCGAAACACUCCAAGUAUGUUUCAUCUAACGAUAUAAUAAGCUCAAAAUCACUAAUUGGUGGCAAAGAAGGCACCACAAUUGGCCGGUUGCCCCUCCUGCCUGAAUAGAGGAAUUAUUUACAUUUCUGAACUAUAGGGCAAAACCUGUAUCAUAUGUAUCCUGUACAGUGAUGUAAAUAUGAAUUAUCACUCAUCAUUGUUAUUUAUCAACCAUAUUCCGAUAUUUCUCAGUAUCAAUGAAAUUGUAAUUAUUAUUUCA